UCAAAUAACAGCCAUGUCUAGAUCAUGGACCAGACAGAAGAAAGGUUUUAAUCUGGUUGGGCUCAUAUACUGUAGGUGAAAUAUAUAUAUAUAGGAUACGACAUUCGAUAUUUGUUUUAAAGCAGAUAGUUUGUGACCCUACGCAUUUCAAAGAGGAAGCAAGAUGUUGAACGUUAUUACACGCUGAACAAUUGUCGGAACAUUUCUACUGGUUGAACCGUUAACUGCGGGUUUCCGAAACGAACUGUCGAACCCAAACCAGAUUGGAUGUGAUUUAAGCCCUAUUCUGGUGGGCGACAUUUGUAAAUACGAGCCAAAUGAUGUCCGGAAAGUAUUUCAAGGCUCAUGAAGUCAGUUGCUGUAUCAAAUAUUUCAUAUUUGGAUUCAAUAUAAUAUUUUGGUUACUUGGAGUGGCGUUCCUUGGCAUAGGGCUUUGGGCAUGGAGCGAGAAGGGUGUGCUCUCCAACAUCUCGUCCAUCACAGACCUGGGGGGCUUUGACCCCGUCUGGCUCUUCCUGGUGGUGGGAGGAGUUAUGUUUAUUCUUGGCUUUGCCGGCUGCAUCGGAGCACUGAGGGAGAACUCUUUCCUUCUCAAGUUUUUCUCUGUGUUCCUGGGGAUCAUCUUCUUCCUGGAGCUGACAGCUGGAGUCUUGGCCUUCGUCUUCAAGGACUGGAUAAAGGACCAGCUCAACUUCUUCAUUAACAACAACAUCCGGGCGUACCGGGAUGACAUUGACCUACAGAAUCUCAUAGAUUUCACCCAAGAAUACUGGGAGUGUUGUGGAGCCUUUGGGGCAGACGACUGGAACUUGAACAUCUACUUCAACUGCACUGAUUCCAACCCAAGUCGCGAGAAGUGUGGAGUCCCCUUUUCCUGCUGCACCAAAGACCCCGCAGAGGAUGUCAUUAACACCCAGUGUGGCUACGACAUUCGAGCUAAAGCGGACUCGGAGCAGAUGACCUUUAUCUACAUCAAAGGCUGUGUGCCUCAGUUUGAGAAGUGGCUUCAAGACAACCUGACAGUGGUGGCAGGGAUCUUCAUAGGAAUCGCUUUACUACAGAUUUUUGGGAUCUGUUUAGCACAGAAUCUAGUGAGCGACAUUGAAGUAGUGAGAGAGAGUUGUUUGUUUACCUGAAACACCUCAAGCAAACUAAAGGUUGUAACGAAGAUCUCUUGAGUUUUGCCACCUUCUAAAGGGAGACGAUCAGGACACUUGAGAAAUGUACAAAAUGAAGAGUCUCGCUGCUUCCUUUAUGCUCUGUAUAUAAUACUUUUGUAAGAAUUUGUUUUUAAAUGUCUCACUGAUGCAGUGUCAAACACUGCCUGGAAGGGUCAUGUACAAAGCCAUAUGUAUACAUAUGUGUAUAUAAGGGAGCCAGACAUAUGUAUCUAUAUGGCUCUGGUCAUGUACAGUAUAGAGCUGAGGUCGUUCUGUAAAUGCGCUGCAUGCCUAUUCAUAGGGCAUUCGUUCUCCUACCUGUAUUCUUUAUUGUUAUAAUGUCUGAUGUAUUGUACAGUAUAAGUCAGAUUCCCAGUAUGGAGUGAAUUGGCUGGGUAGCACUUUGCACACUUAUAAAGCCUGCAUAGCUGUAGCAGUAACAUGUAUUGUAAUGUCAUGCUAUACUGUGUUAAGUGUCACAAAUUAGUUUAGGGUCCCUAAACCAUUUUGUGAUACUUCACACAGUAUAGCAUGGCAUUACAAUAUCAUGCAGCAAUUUGGGAUCUUUAGUAAGUUACAUUUAAAUUAAUGACUGUGUUUUGUGAUGUCGUUGGUCAAAAAGUGACAUGAUGAACUAUCAUUAGGUAAUGUGCUUGGUGUCAUGUCAUGGCAGAAUUCAUCUAUGCUUCAUGAAGUUUGAGUCUCGUAAUUAAGUGUUCCAGUUUCUAAAGAGGGAACAAGUUUUAAAGAGAAUUAGUGUUGCUAAUACCACACACAUCCUGUCUAUUGACCAGCAAUAACUUCAAGAACCAUGAACUAACUCAAUUUCAACCACAAGUGUUGUAUUUCAUUGUUGUGUUCAAUAUAUAACAGUUGCCCCAUAAAGGUGAGGUAUCAAAACCCAACUAGGUUCUUUACUGAAUUUUGAUAGCCUUUUAGCUGUUAUUGAUUUAUUUCUCUGUUUUGUCAGAAUUUUUUCAACAGAAGAAUCCCAUGAGGCAAAAAUUUGGCAAAUGUCGUCUUAAUGGCAUCAUUUUGUGGUUGUAUGGUUGAGACUUCAUAGUUCCAGAUGCAAACGAACGGUCUCUGUUACAGUAUAACCAGGCAAUGACACCAAGAGGUCAUGGCAAAGAGUAAUAUUUUGGUUGUUACUUGGUCAGAUUAAGAGCGUUUAGGCCAGUAACUGAAAGGCCACUGAUUCGAAUCCUGAGCCGACUAGGUGAAAAGUAUAACCCUAACUGAUCUUCUAAAUUGCUCUGGGUAAGAGUGUCUGCUAAAUGAAUACAUUUUAAAUAAAAAGACAAUAACAAAACUUACUUAUGAAACCUGACCAUGUCAUCAAAAUGACAUUGCAACCAGUUUUGCCUGCUUGGAUGAGACUUCGCUGAUAUUCACCCACCUAAUGUUCCUGGCAGGCACACAGCACAUCACCAGCUGGUUAGCUUUCUGGAAGCAGAUGACAUUUGCACUCUCACCAGCAGAUUUUAAGAGGGAACUGAGAUAUUUGUAUUACAUCUAUGUGAGACCACAUUGUAUUGAUUGAAGUAGGGUUGUGGUCAAAACCAUUUAAAUUUAGAAUGACAUGACUUACAAUUCAAGAUAUUAAAAGUGCUAUUUUGAAUUUCAAUAAACUUUCUGAAUUGAAAUGGAGGUGACCACAACCAUGUAUUGAAGUGACCUCUGAUUUGAUCUCAAAUCUAGAUCCUCAAAAGACGUGCAAAAGCUACAUUAGACGCUGUGGCCCUUAUUUCCUAAGGCAAUAUUUGCAUUAGAGUAAAAAACAGUAGAUUGGUAAUAAUGUCUGGAAUGGAAUAAAUGGAAUGGUAUCAAACACAUUUAAUACCAUUCCAUUCACUCCAUUCCAGCGAUUAUUAUGAGCCGUCCUACCCUCAGCAGUCUCCACUGGUGUACACUCUAAGUACAUCUGGCCCUAUUUGGGGUAUACAGUAAGAAUAUCACAUAUUCUGUAAAAACCAACUUUUUGAUUUUCUUGGGGAUUGCAUGUAGUUUGUACUUUUCACAGCGCCAUCUCACAAAACACAAAAUCAAACAUUUUCCCUGUGCCAUAGGUGUGAUCAUGAUGUUCUGUACUUUCAUGUGUUUUAAAUCAUGUAAAUAACUGGAUAGUGAGAAGUUGUAAAUAUGUCAAAAUAAAUGUAUGCUGCUUUGUAUUAAA